AUGGACGUGUCUAGUCGAGCGCUCCAAGGCCCUGCUUCUCUAUCUCCUCCUUCACACAGCAGCUCAUUGAACGUGCGACCGCCUCGCUCGACCGCUUUCUGUGCGGGUCGAUCCAAGACCGAGCAAGUGGUGCUCGAGUUCUUGUACAAGGCAGCAGAGCUCAUUGUCCAGAGCCGCGUGAACCUCCAGGCCGAGCCUGAUUGGCGGCGCAGUAGCCGUCGAGCUCGAUUUAAUCUGGAUAUUGAAGAAGUCCCGAUCGUUCGAGAUGCAAUGGCUGCGUGGCGAGACGAUGUUCGUCUGCCACUGGCGAUCGACAUUUUCUGGGAGGGAGCAGCUGGCAGCUGUCACAAGGUGUUGCUGGAGCGCUGGAGCGUCACGUUUGCAGCGGAAGGAGAGAGUUCGAGCUCGGGUGUGAGCUCGACGCAGGACGUGAUCCAGCAACUUAAGGAAGUCUGCAAGAAGAUCAGCGUGCUUUUGCGUGCCUUGUUUUCGUUCAUGCGGCAGCUUCCAGCGCAUCGGUUGUUUGCGCAAUCGUACCCUUCAAUGCUGAGCUACACAAUACACGCAGUGCCAGCGAGUGACGUCGCGCGAGCAUUUGAUGCGCAGUAUGUAGCCACAAGUGGGUACGCGUUUAUUCCGAUUGCGACGCCGUUUGGCUUGCUGAAAGUAGCGACUGUGUAUCGGCGAGACUGCAGUCAGUAUACAGAGCAACAGGAGCAAGCCGCGCCUUCGCGUAUCUUGCAGAACAACUUUAUUAUACAGGAUUAUGUGCCAGGAUCAUCGGACUUGGUCCCUGCGAGUGCUCCUGAAUCAUCGUGGACGAGGGCAGUGUUGGUUCCGUCACCGACAAGAGAAGCAGGUUCCCCUGCAGCAUCUUUUGUACCCACAAGUGACGCUCAGCUGCUCCGUGACGACGACGUGAGAGACUUACCGCAAUGUCGAUCAUCGCCUCGUUCGAUUCCUAUGUCUGUCGCUGGUUCGAAGCAGCACUACGAUAGUACAGGUGUGGAUUGCAAGCGAACCAGGGAAGUCGCAGCAGUGUGUCAUCAGCCUGCUGUGUCCAAGCCUAUGGCAAUCCCACGGGCUAGUGUCGAAGGAAGCAUUACUACUGCUGAUACUUUGAACGCGGGGACAGGAAUUGAGUACGGUGAGGACAAAAGUGGUGGAAUACUGCUUCAGCACGCGCAUUCGUAUGGUGGCGAGCAGGACGGUCGAUUGCGGGGUGCAUCCGUGGACCCAAAUGUGACUGCAGCACCUUACGGCUACGGAAAUGUUGCGAUUGAGCGGGAACAGUGUAGUGUAGACCAGUGUUCGCCAUCGGUCGCAUUUCAGCAACGUCAGCAUCAGCUAUGGGAAGGUACAAAUCGUCAGGACAGCGAGAUUCGUCAACGUGAUCCUCAAACUUUCGCUCACGACGAGUCAACGACAAGCAACAGCACCACGGGGUAUCACCCCUUGUCGACCCCACCUCGUCAUCCUCAGAGUAAUCUGUUGCAGCAGCAUGAUUCAAGGCGCAGACGUAUGUCGUUCAAUGGUGCUUUCGUUUCUGAAGUGGCUCGGGCGCACAGUCCAACCGCCCUUGUGGGUAUCACUGCGAAAGCAGGCGCCGCUUUGUGUUCUCAUGAUGGUGCACAAACAGUUGAUCUGGAGAUGUUCUCUGCAAGUCCCCCGUUUCGAGCGAAUCCAUGUGAGCUUUUCUCCACGUCACCCGGCUACUCAAACAGCAAGAGCCGCAUUCAGUCCGGCUCGAGCAACAUGCCCACGUACAUUACGACCGAUCAGUUUCAGCUGCGACUCCAUGGCGCAAAGGGGCCACCAUCGGAAAGCUUAAUCUCUGCGAAGUUGCGAGGGUUCUCGCCGGAUUUUGGUGAUUGUGGUGUGACAACAUGGGGUAUCUCACCUACUACGCCGGAUUUGUUCAGCCUCGCACUUGUUGGUGCUGAGGCUAGUGUGGUUGGAGGGCAACCUCCACUGUUGCAUUCAGAGAGUCGCGAUGGAGAAGGUGCGAAUUUUGUCCAAGGUGAUGGAUUUUCGAGCGAAGGCUUGGACAUGCUACUGCCUUUUGCGCUCGGAGACGGCUCGAUGACGGUUGCUAGCGACACACAGUCAGGAAGUUCACCCAACUGUUCGUCGAGAUUAGAGACUGCAGCCGUUGGCGCGUUUCUCCGCCAGCUCAAGAACGCGCCGAAGCUGAGCAGAUCUACAUGUGCUGUUGCAGGUGAGAGGCCGGGCAAGCUGUCAAGCGAAGGUAGCGACGACAUACCUUCCCAGGCUUCACUUUUUGACGACGAGCUCGCCAGCUUCCGCAGUCUAAGGGAUGAGCUCGCACAAGCGCUUUGA